UUAUGCAAUAAAUCGGUCAGCAGUCGAUAUCAUGAGUAAAUAAUUUGUAGUGGUUGACAGCCUCGAAGGAUGUUUUUCAAGAUGCUUCCAGAUGUUUGACAAUAGUACUGUACAGUAAAGAAAUUCCCUUAAUCGUGCCGGCAAGUCGUAGAUCUAAUACAAAAAUGGCCGGCUACCCGGUAGUGAUAAACGUCUACGACAUGGUGGGUAAAGUCAGAUUAUUAUCACUGAGAGAUCAAGUUGAAAAUAUUUCGUGAGAGGAAACAGAUGUGAUAGAAGUCAUUAAGCAUCUUCCGACAGUGUUUAAGAAGAAGAAUCUUAUUAUUCUUAUUGUUUCUUCUUUGUAGUACUGGAUAAACCAAUACACUUUCCCUGUUGGUCUUGGUGUGUUCCAUUCAGGAGUAGUUGUACACGGGAAAGGUAAUAACUCUUGGCUUAAUUGAAUUGAGAAGCUAGUAUAACAAAAGUCUCCUUAAAAAUUCGUAGUUUAGCUACUCUUCGUUUUUUCCUUGUUUUUUCGUGAUUAUUGAUAUUAUUUCACUGAGUCCUAGACAAUAAAAUGAAAAGGCGCGUAUAGAAUAAAUUAAUAUCAAAGACUGAGACAUUUACUCACGGAUCUCAGUGCUUGUAAGAUUUACGACAGGUAAUUAGAAGUUUCAAGAAUUACGAUUGUUUAUUUAAUUUAUAUAUUUAUUUAUUUACUCGUUUGCUUAGUUAUCUUUUUAAUCUAUAUUUCAUAAUAUUUAAUUUCCCUCACGCAAUAAUGACUCAUAUCGCUAUGCCAUUUGUUUUCUCGCAACGAAUAUCUUUAAAUGUUAUCCUCAGGCCAUAUAGUGUUGUUUGACUUUCUUUGCAUGCAAUUCAUUAGUUCAACUGAGGCACACUUUUUUAUACAUUUUCGUACGGUAUACACGAAAAGAAACACUACCCUUGAUGUUGUUAUGUUGGCAGUCAUAUCGUGUGCAGUAACAUGCUGUUAGAAAAAAAAAUGUAUAAAAUGUGAUGGACAAUGAUGUAUAAUUGUUUUACUGAUCCUUUCCGUCUUAUCAAAGUAAAAUAAAAUGCAAUUAAAGUUAAAGAACUUCAGUAAGUUGGUGAUCAGAAUGGCACGCAGAAGUGAUUAACAUAAUAAUUCUCCCUAUAAUAUCUUCUAACUAUCCAGCAAACAGGUAAUGAGAAUACUCAAACUUAUCAAGUAGAAGUUAUCUUUAUCUAACUCCAAAUUCUUGUAACUAAUUUGCAAAGAAACAUAUAGCAGCCAGAGGGGAGAAUAAACAAUCAGUUCUUGGGAGUUAAAUAGCAGUGUUUACUAAUAGCAAAAAGUCCAUUAUUGUUUUGUUUAUCUUUUAUAGAUAACAAUGAAAUUACCUAUCCUGUAUCUUUUGUCAAUUUAUUCUCUUCUUCUAGAAUAUGCAUUUGGAGGACACCCUUACAACUGUUCAGGAAUAUUUGAAAUGAAUCCCAACUCACCUGAAGUUUUAGGAGAGGAAUUUAAGUUCAGGUUAGUGUGUCCAAUGCCAACUGAAUGCAUCUUUUAGUUUUAAUAGAAGACCAUGCCCUCAACCACGCUCUGAAAACCCAGUAAAAUAGUUAUAUUAACAUUCUUCUGUUUUCAGUAUAUUAUUAUUUAGCAGAAUUAGACAUGCAUUUUUAUCAGUUCUUACUUAUGGUCUAUCGGAGGAGAGAUAUACAGAUGACCUCACCAUUAACAACUUGCUGCUUCUUUAAUAUAUAAAACAAAUAGAUCAGAGAAGAAGGCAAAUGUGGUAAGAACAUCAGAGGCACAAUCAGCCAGGCCUUGUGGACCACUUUUUUAUUCUUACCACAUUUUUAUGUCAUCUGUGAACUAUUACUCAACAGACACACAGUAACAUGGAAUCUGUUUGUUAACCCUUCAACUCCCAAAAGUGAUUAGCAUGUAACUUCUCCCUAUAAUAUCCAUACAUUAACCUGCACACAGGUAAAAGAAUACUCAAACUAAUUAGGCAGAAGUUGUUAUCUUGAUCCAACACCAAAUUCUUAUUACUAAUUUACAAGGAAAUGAGUUGCAGCUAGAGGGGAGAAUUAAUGAUCAGAUCUUGGGACUUAAAGGGUUGAUUGUUUUCUCAGCUAACUUUUCCCUCUUCUGGUUCACAUAAACAUAUAUUGAGUAAUUCUUUACCUAUUUACUCUUUUAUUCAAGGGAAACUAUAAAAAUUGGAACAACAAAACUUUUACCAAGUGAAGUAGAGGCUCUCUUGAAAAGAAUGGGAAACACAUACCAAGGACGUUCGUACCAUCUCAUAGACAAGUAUGAAGAGGCUGUUUUCUUCCAGUGGUUGACUACAGUUUUGAAAGAAAUUGUUUGGAGAUAAGAAUUAAUUGCAGUGUAACUUGCUAAAGUUAAUUUUUGGUUUCUGUUAUUGGAACAGUAACUGAACUUUUACUUAAAAUAAAUAAGAUUUUAAUCAGAAAUGAAGUUCUUUUUAACUGAUUUUCUACAAUGUGUUUUAAUUAUGCUUAUGGUUGAUUUCUGUUCCAGAAAUUGUAAUCAUUUUACUUCAGAAUUUUGUCAGGUGAGAAAAGUCUCUUUAUCAAAGUAUGACAAAAACAGUAUUUCUGGUAGUACAUUGUGUCCUUACAACCAGACUGCUUUCUUAGUCAAUGCUGAAAGUAAACUGCUGUGAAGAUUAUCAACUUGAUGUGGGUCGAUCAUAAGUAACAGACCGUGAAGUGUCACAAAUUUUUACAUUUCAGCUUUGCCUUAUCCAGUCAAUAAGCAAGAUAUCAUGUAUGACUGCUGCCCUUUCUCUCUCUUUCCGUCUUGCAUUUAGAAUCUUUCUGGGUGGUACACAUGGCUAUAAAUGACACUCUGCUAGGGAAUUUUUUGGUAAAAAUUUUCAAUAAAACAGUGGAACCACUCUAGGAGUCAUGUUCAUUGAAUUUUGUGAAAUAUACCCAAUGUGCUCAGCUUGUCAUAAAGAUGUGGUGUUAUUGAUUACAGGCUUUGUGUAACAAAUCAAUUCCGGGUUGGGUGAACAGAUUAGCAUCUGUUGGUUCAUAUUUGCCGUUUCUCCUUAAAUGUCUUCCAAAAGAGUGGAUACGUCCUGAACCCUAUUCUCCAGUUGGAAGCCCUGGCUAUGAAUCACACCCUUUUGAAGGUAACAAUUUAUUUUAUUACACAACUCAUUUUUCUUUCUUUUCCUUUUCUUAAAAGCUCAUUUCACAAUCUGCAAAAUAAUGGUUGUUCAAUAUGUAUUGACAUCAAAAUGUGUCAUGCUAUAAAUAAUACUUCCCUCACGUGUAGUUGUAUCUACACCCUUCCUUCCAGAUCAAAUUUGUAAUUCUCCUUACUGUCAACUAUACAAUUCUUAUAAUGUUAGUUCUGAGAAUUUAGUGUUGGAUCAACCAAGUAUCUCCAAAUUUAUAUUUUUCUUUACUCUCAUCACUUAUCUGAUUAAUAUUGUAUUGAUAUUGUAAGGAGAAAUUCUGUCUUGGUCACUUAUGGGAGUUUAAGGGUUAAGCUUUCAAACAUUAUGCAGUAACAAAAAAGGAACAAUAAUUUGUUGCAAUUGGUAGGUGGCAUACUUUUUUUUAAAUUCAGCAUCAUUCCAGUGUUGAAUAAUGAUAUUAUUUGAUUUAGACAAGAAAUUUAUCAGUGAAACCCUAUGAAACCAAGAUGCGUAGUUUAGGAUGGUUAAAAAGCUUGGAAUACUGAUUUUUCACAUGCCAUUUACUGUCAGAGUUACUUAUUAUAAUAAACAAUUUUUUUCCCCUAGAUUUAUCAACAUUUGAUGAAGAUGGUCAACGCAAGUCCAAGCGUAGCUGACUAGUGGCACCACAAACAUCCUGAAGGAUUUUCUUACAAAUACUUCAGGAAUUAAACUAGUUAGCUAUUAUUGUUCCUUAUGACAGGAACCAGCAAAGGCUUUGAGGGAAAGUAGUUCCAAACAAGACAAAGGAAAAAUUGGCAUGUUACACUCACAUGUAACUGAAUUAAAAUAAAGUUAACAGUAUUUCUUUCAAGACAUUCAUGUAUUCAAACCUGAAUUUCAAAACUGGUGACAAUAUUUGCUAGAACAGGAAUUGUGAUAAUGUGGCUGAAACAAACCAUUUCAGAAAAACACAAUAUAAAUAGGAAUUUCAUUUUCUACUAAUUUCUUUUGUUAGAUGAUGACUUCCUCUAGAAAGGUAUUUUUCAGGAUAUUUUCCACAUGUUUUUUUCUAUUUUACUCAUUUGUAAUGAGGUUUUUCUUUUUUCUUCUUGUUAUUUCCCCUUUUCCAAAGGACAAAUGUCAGUUAUUUCUUUGAUCUUUGGAGAAUUACUCUUAACAACAACAUAAAACUUGGGUCAAAUCAUACUGUAAGUACAGUAAUAAUAGUUGGUAAAGCUUGAUGGCCUCAUUGUGAGUAGUCCUGAGGAUGACUAUUGUCUGUUGUAGUAAUUGAAUUUCUAGAUAAUGUUGUAGUAAUUGAAUUUCUAGAUAAUCUAAGGGGAAGUCAUUAUCAUAGUGUAUGUUUUUCAUAUUACAAUGAAGUCCAGGUCAAUAUCGACUUAUUGUACCUUUUGACAAUAAUAAUUAGUCCUUUUUGUGACUUAUCUUCUUUUAUUUGAAUGAUUUUGUGUCUGAGUAAAUUUCUCACAAAAUCUUUGUUUUGUUUCUUUUUUUUUGUCAUCAUGAUACGUAAUGUGGCCAUUUAUGUGAAGUAAAUUUUAAAAUGAUAAAGUCACAUAGGGGACGGAGACAGCUCCUAAAUGUACAAUGAUUAUUUAUUUCUGC